CGCCCAAGUUACAGACAUGCGCAUGCGUGCGGCCAGAACGAACGAACUAAUCUACUCGGAGCCGGAUAUUCAUCGCGAGACAUCAGUGCGCCGUCCAUUUUGAAAUAGAAGAAAAAAAAGGUGGAAGGAGAAAAGGAACCAAACCAAACCGACUUGACAAGCGGGGGCUGAGCUGCAUGAAGGAGGCGGUGAGCCGAGCAUGAGAACGGCGUCUGCCGGAAGUGACACCUUAAACUUCGCGGCCGUCUCGUUCAUCUGUGAAGAGGCGGCGGUGCGACCGGACGAUAACAAACGCUGAUGUAGCUGUCAGCUCAGAUGGACUCGGAACCUCAGGGUUUUGCUUCGAUUAUCAGAGCCAUGGAGAGGUGCACCUUACAGUGAAGUACAGUCUGAGGACAGAGUGAGUGCAAAGCUCAAGGGAAGUAAGCAGAACUGUGAGGAUGGAGGAGAUGCCUGUGUGCGUUAAAGACGAGCCAUCUCUCCACAUUAAGGAGGAACCCUGUGAGCUGCCAUUCCUCCAUGUGAAGACAGAGCCACAUGAGGAGGAGACUGUUGACUUUGGGCAGAUCUGUCAAGAAGAUUUGAAAGACCUGGCCGUUAAGGUGGAGUAUGUGACUGAGGACUGCUGUCCAGAUGUGGAAGACUCGGCUCUAGCGACUGACGCGUCUCUCCAGAGGCCGUCUACACACGUGAAGGCUCCUGGUCUUGAUUUGGACUCUUCCUGUUGGGAAUGUCAUGAAGACUACUCUGCAUCUUCUAGCCAGCUGGAAAACGUGACGCCGGUCUGGGAAUACCCUGAGAAAACCCCAGAGAAGGCCGACGCUACCGAGGACCCCUCUGAUAAUUCCGAAGUGGGCGAUGACUUAAUAAAAGUGGAAGUUCUGAAAUUGAAUCCACCCAGCAAACCAAGAAAGGAUCAAAAGGGCAAGGACACAAGUGGGAAUUGCCUUGGCAUUGACCGCAGCGUGAAGCCGUACACAUGUGAGCAAUGCGGGCAGAGGUCUGCACAGAAAAGCGGCUUCCAGCCUCACGCCGGUGGGACUUCUUUUUGCUGCAUUAACGGUGAAAAUGCAUUGAAAUCAAACGAGCCGCCGCAGAGCCAUGCGAGGGUUCAAGCGUAUUGCUGCCAACAUUGUGGGAAGUCAUUCAGACAGAAGUGGUACCUUCAGUGUCACUUGAGAAUGCACACCGGUGACCGGCCGUACUGCUGCUUAGAGUGCGGAAAGAGCUUCAUAAUGAACGCCCACCUAAAACGCCACUUAAGAAUUCACUCCGGAGAGAAACCCUUCUCCUGUAAGCACUGCGGAAAGAAGUUUGGCGGACAGUCCGAUCUUCAGUGCCAUCUCCGGUACCAUACCGGAGAAAAGCGCUUUUCCUGCAGAGAAUGUGGAAAGACGUUUAAGCAGAUCUGGGAUCUCCAGUGCCAUCUGCGAAUCCACACCGGCGAGAGGCCGUACAGUUGCUCGGACUGUGGAAAGAGCUUUGUAAUGAAUGCUCAUCUCAAACGACAUUUGAGAGUUCACACUGGCGAGAAGCCCUACUUCUGUAAGGAGUGCGGAAAGAGCUUUGCAGGACAGUCCGGUCUCCAGUGGCACCUCCGAAGUCACACCAGGGACCAUCCAUAUUGCUGUAAGCACUGCGGAAAGACGUUCGCAGAGAAGUCCGAUCUCCAAUUCCAUCUUCAGUUGCACACUGGAGAGAAGGCUUACAGCUGCACAGAAUGUGGAAAGCGGUUCAAACAGGUGUGGUACCUUCAGUGCCACUUGAGAACUCACACGGGCGAGAGGCCUUACCGCUGCACGGACUGUGGCAAGAGCUUCAGAAUGAAUGCCCAUCUGAAACGCCAUUUAAGAAUUCACACCGGGGAGAAGCCCUAUUGCUGUAGUCACUGCGGAAAGCAAUUUGCCGGUCAGUCGGAUCUCCAGUAUCAUCUCCGGUUUCACACUGGGGAGAAGCCAUAUUCCUGUACGGACUGUGGAAAGAGGUUUAGGGUGAGGAUCUCCCUUACGCGGCACCUGAGAAUUCAUACUGGGGAGAAACCGUACAGCUGCUCGGACUGUGAGAUGAAGUUCAAAACGAAAGAAGCUCUGCAGAGCCAUGCGACCGUUCACACUGGACAGAAGCCUCAUCGCUGCACCGUCUGUGGAAAGGCGUUCAGGCAGAAGUGGUGCCUACGAUACCACCUCCGAAUUCACACAGAAUGUGGGAGAGCAUUUCAGAAGGAAACGGACCUUCAGAAGCACACGAGAAGUCACUCUGCAGCGAGCCCCACUUGUGACGUAGACUCGGAAAACAAUUCUAAGGAUGAAGAAGAAGAAGGAGGAGGAGGAGGAGGAGUUUUGCAUAUCCAACAGUCCAGUGAAAACCCUUAAAAAGUAUUCACCGAUUCUCCUGACACUUCCUGUUAGCAGAGCAAUCAUUCACAGCCUGUGACAAAAGCCAUUCAUAUGGAAACGAGUUACCCAGAGAAUCUAAAGAGACAAAAGAUAAGGGAAGAGCUUCGGUGGGCCGCUCACUGCUGCUGCACAAGGGGUCUUAAAGCCAGACACGAGUCUUAAUUACAACAACGUCACCACAGACUCGAUGCACUCGCCGAUUCCUCUUCUCCUCCUCCACUCCUCUCCAGCAGGGUUUGUCCGCUGACUUUGAGUGAGGUGGAGCAGCUGGACCCAGGAUCACAUCUGGAAAGCGGAAGUGGCCUCUGCUGUAUAUGACUGUUCAGUGACGCCUUUGUCCACUGCUUUAUGUCCGGGUGUUGAUUGCUAUGGUCUGCGUCUUUUGAGACGCGUGAUGGCCGGAGGGAGGGCUGUGGUUGAGAGACACGCUGUAUGGAGAGUUGGUUAAAGAGGGUUAACAAUAAACAGCAUUCGAAACGG